AAACUACAAGUAGAAACAAGUUUUACUGACCAUUCCCACGCAGGCUGUGUAAAAUGUGUUGCUAUUUCUGGGAAAGGUGUUCUUGCAUCUGGAAGUUCAGAUGAAACAAUAAGACUUCUUAAUAUAAAGAAACAGAAAGAGUUGGGCUCACUUGUUCAUCACAAUGGUACUGUAACAAGCUUAGAGUUUCAUAAAGGUUUUUUAUUUAGUACAAGUGAAGAUAAAAAUCUGUGCUUGUGGAAAACGUUUACAUGGGAAUGUCUUAGAACAUUCAAAGGACACCAGGCUGCUGCAGAUUGUGUAUCUGUACAUCCGAGCGGAAAACUUGCCUUGACUGUUGGGCGGGACAGAGCAUUACAUACAUGGAACCUUAUAACAGGCAGAUCAGCUUAUAUCACAAAUCUUAAACAAGUUGCUAGUAUUGUGAAGUGGAGCCCUGAUGGAGAGAAGUAUGCUAUUGUUAUAGGAAACACUGUGAACAUCUACUCUGUGGAGACUGCAGACAUAAUUUUGACAAUGAAAGCUGAAGCUUCCAUCAACAGUUUGGUAUUUUUAAAUAACGAAGUAUGCUGCUAUGGUGGAGAGGGAGGGGAUGUCAUAUUUUAUGACAUCGUCAGUGAUAAACAACUAUACAAGUGCGAGACCGGUACAAAUAGAGUAAAAUGUUUCUGCAUUAGCUCACAUAACUUUAAAGAAGUCUUGGAGAAGAGAAUUUUGUGUACAGUCAGUAGUGAUGGUUUAAUAAAACUAUACAAGAUCAUAGAAAAUCAGAAGAAAAUUUCUACAGAGUUGUUGAUUGAACAUAGAUCAGGAUUUAGAGUUACAUGUCUCGCUGUAUUGGGAAAAGAUGAUGAUAACAGUUCUCCACAUGAAGGAGUUAAACUAGAGAAAACUGUAACAAAACACAAUGACAACGAUGAUGGUGGUGGCAGUGAUGAUGAUGAUGAAAGUGAUGAUGAUGAUUCUAACAGUGACACCCCAGAUGUCACUGAUGCAAAUAAACUUUCUAGAGCAAAAAGUGAAAAAACUGAAGUGAAAGUAAAUAACAACAAAACUGAUGUGAAGCCAAAAAACAGAAAAAGGAAAUUUAUUGAGUCUAGUAAAGAUCAGCAGAUAGUUCACCCAAGUCCUGUAAAUAAACAACAGAAAGUUGGCAAACAACAAAAAAAUAAAAAGCAACAUGAAGUGGUAACGAAAGAUGAUACAGUGUCAUUUAUUACCGCUGCUGACAGUAGAAAGAAAAAGUUCAAGAAAAAGAAGAAACCUAAGAAAUUUGUCAAAACGAUAUGAUUUGUUAAAAUAUAAUGCAAAAUACAUUUGAAACAAACUA